AUGGCGAAUCAAGGAUCGACGAAUGUAACAGACGUCAUGGACGUGGAAAAUGAAAGCCUCAUUCCAGGCGAAGUUGGUUUCUACCUUCUCACCGUCGUCCUUUCAGUCGUAUGUAACGUGAUUGUACUCGUGUUGGUCCGUCAGCAGCAAGAGCUUCAGGAGAACAUGCGAGUUCUUUAUCAGACUCUCGCAAUCUCCAAUCUAGUUGCAGGAAUCAUCUGGGGCUCCUGGGGACCAUUCUGGUUUUCGUUUAGUGACAGAGACACCUGCAUGAUCCUCAGCCUGGCCGUUCCGUUUAUAUUCCAUGUGGCAUUUUGGACCAUCAUGAUUUGCCAUCUUGGAAUCAGUGUUAACCUCUACAUCCUAAUUACCAGACCGUUACGAUAUUCUGUCAUCAUGACCAGAACCAGAUUUGUCACGAUGCUCACAGUUGUAUUACUGUGCACCAUUCUAAUUUGCGGCCUAUACCUUCCGAUCCCGGAAUCCCCAUUUGUAAUCUUGCUUGCACAGCGUUGUAUGGGUAAAACCACUCGUCCUAGAGCAGACCUGGUCUCGAUUGUUCACACGCUGCACUUUGCAUUUCCAGUUUGUGUAACAAUGUGUCUUACAACAGUUUUAUACACGAAGCUACUGUUUAUUGCGUGUGGAAAGGCAAGUGUGGCGCCAAGUUUCGAGACAACCCACAAUUCCGGUCGUGAAAUUCGUGCGCAUUUGGAGCCUCGGAGUGACAGGGGAAAUAUUGAACCGUUACGAAGCCCGGGUAUUGAGCCAGACCUCCCCCGUUUGCCAAGCCGAAGAAUCAAAGGACUCACAACGGUUGUCCUUCUGAUCGGUUCUUUCUACCUAGUAUGGGCAUCUUUUAUUGUCUACUACACAGUGCCGUUGAGUCCAGAAGCUAUUGCUGUUCUUGACAAAUUUGCAGUUAGCAGCACAUGGAUGCAGCCCAUCGUCUACCUUCUGACAAACCCCGAGGCGAGGGCGUUGUUCAUGAAAUUAUUUGGAUGCGUCAGGCCACUUGCGAUAAGCAUUUGA